AUGUUUGUGGGGGUUAGCUUUUGGGCGGCAUUGUUUGUAUUAUUUUUUAAGACCUUGCUUUCAAAUUCUUUAUGUUUCUGGGUGGUGUGUUUGUGUGGCUAUGGAGGGAUUUGGGUAUGGUGCGAGAGUUUGCGAACAAUGUUGAGCAGAGAUCUACGUCGUGGCGCGCGUCCACGGAUCGCCACAAUCUCUGCCAUCGCCAGCUUGUGCUCCUACACGAGAUGCUGA